CGAAAUUCGAGAUUUGACAACACAGUGACAAUUUCAGCUACCGAAUCUUUUGCAUAGUCAUUUUAUCAAAAACAACUCAUUUGCGAGACAAUUACUUCAUAAAAUAAAUUAUUAAAUACAACAAUAUUCAACAAUAUUUCACGAUGACCGUCACGAACCGGAUGGAAAUCGACGCCGCACUAAAGGGAGAAGGCUUUCGUUCUUACUAUAUUCAAAAGAUAGAAGAAUUACAAUUGAUUGUUGCAGAAAAGAGUCAAAAUUUACGACGUUUGCAAGCCCAGCGUAAUGAGCUAAAUGCAAAAGUACGUAUGCUGCGUGAAGAGCUUCAGUUAUUGCAAGAACAAGGCAGUUAUGUCGGCGAGGUGGUGAAACCAAUGGAUAAAAAGAAAGUGCUGGUAAAAGUACAUCCGGAAGGAAAAUUUGUGGUUGAUAUUGAUAAAAAUAUCGAUAUCAAUGAUGUUACUCCCAACUGCCGUGUAGCACUUAGAAACGAGAGCUAUACUCUUCAUAAAAUUUUGCCAAAUAAAGUCGAUCCAUUGGUAUCCCUUAUGAUGGUUGAAAAAGUCCCUGACUCGACUUAUGAAAUGGUAGGAGGACUCGACAAACAAAUUAAAGAAAUCAAGGAAGUUAUUGAAUUACCAGUGAAGCAUCCAGAGUUAUUCGACGCUUUAGGCAUAGCUCAACCAAAGGGCGUACUUCUCUAUGGACCACCUGGCACAGGAAAAACACUUUUGGCUCGAGCAGUAGCCCAUCAUACUGAAUGUACAUUUAUUCGAGUAUCUGGGUCGGAAUUGGUACAAAAAUUCAUUGGCGAAGGUUCACGUAUGGUUCGUGAGCUGUUCGUAAUGGCACGUGAACACGCUCCAUCUAUAAUUUUUAUGGAUGAAAUUGAUUCAAUUGGUUCCUCAAGAAUCGAAUCCGGUUCUGGCGGUGACUCCGAAGUGCAACGUACAAUGUUAGAGUUGCUUAAUCAAUUGGAUGGAUUUGAAGCUACAAAGAACAUUAAAGUAAUUAUGGCAACGAACCGCAUUGAUAUUCUUGAUCCAGCUCUUCUUCGACCAGGCCGUAUUGAUCGUAAGAUUGAAUUUCCUCCACCAAACGAGGAAGCACGUCUGGAUAUUUUGAAAAUUCACUCGCGGAAAAUGAAUUUAACCAGAGGUAUAAAUUUACGAAAAAUUGCAGAACUGAUGCCAGGAGCAUCGGGUGCUGAAGUAAAAGGUGUUUGUACUGAGGCAGGUAUGUAUGCCCUACGUGAACGACGUGUACAUGUCACCCAAGAAGACUUUGAAAUGGCGGUUGCGAAAGUAAUGCAGAAAGAUUCGGAAAAGAAUAUGUCGAUUAAAAAAUUGUGGAAAUAAAUUUUUUAAAUUAAAUGAAAAUGUCUAUUUCAAAUAUAGAAUUUAUAAAAAACAUA